AUGCUUGAUGGUAGUUUUGGAUUUAGGGCUAUCUAGAUCCUCUGGAGUCUUGAGUGCUUGAUUUUUGCUACAUCGUUUCGAUUUCCGGAUGUUGUUUGUACUGAGUUUUGUUAGGUUUUCGUCGGAUUGCUGUUCUCUUGCUUGGUGACUGUGGAUUGCCGGCCAGAUGGUGCCUUGGAUUUACAUAUUUGUUUACUUUUUGGGUUGUGUGCAGUCGAAGAAACGUGGACUAUCUUUGGAAGAGAAGCGAGAGAAGAUGCUUCAGAUAUUCUACGAGUCGCAAGACUUCUUCCUUCUAAAGGAGCUUGAGAAAUUGGGACCCAGAAAAGGUGUUAUCACCCAGUCUGUCAAAGAUGUCGUUCAAAGCUUGGUUGAUGAUGACCUAGUCUUGAAGGACAAGAUUGGAACUUCUGUAUAUUUCUGGAGUCUUCCUAGCUGCGCCGGAAACCAGCUGCAAAAUGUGUACCGGAAACUUGAAUCUGAUGUCCAAAGUAGCGAGAGGCGGCUGGUGGAGCUAGCUGAUCAGUGCAAUGCAUUAAAGAAGGGAAGGGAGGAAUCUGAUGAACGAGAGGAGGCUUUAAGCAACCCAAAGAAAGUAGAGGAGAAGUACAAUGAGUUGAAGGAUGGUAUGGCAGAAUAUGCAGAUAAUGACCCAGCUGCCGCCUUUGAAGCAAUGAAGGAUGCAAUAUCGGUUGCCCAUGCAGCAGCCAAUAGAUGGACAGACAAUAUUUUCACACUGAGACAGUGGUGCUCAAACAAUUUUCCAGAAGCCAAAGAACAGCUAGAACAUAUGUACCAGGAGUUAAUUCCCAUAAGCACAGGUGGGAAUUACUGAUGAUUUGGACUACCUGGAGAUGUCAACACUGGGAACUUAGAUACCACAGAGUCAAAUGGCAUAUACACCAGGCGUCGCAUCCAAUUUCUCUCGGAUUCUGAUGCAAAUCUAUUAAACUGAAAGAGCACAUUGCGCGAGUAUGUUGUUGCCUUGGUCUGAUGUGUGAGCCAAGCUUCCUAGACUUGUAAUAAAUAUUAGCUGACCCUCUCUGAAUGUGCAAGCUGAAUCGGUUUUAAUGCUUGAUGAGAUUGGGGGCGAUAUGUAAUUUGAUCAUACAACUCGAUGGAAACGUACUUUGACAGUAGUAUCUCCGCCUGCAUGCCUUUUAUGCUUG